AUGGUGGACCGUGUUAAUUCUGGAGCUUAUCGAGAACAACGCGUACCCUCAAUACUACAAGAGGACACUGUUGGCGAGCAGACUGAGCACGACCAGCCCGUCAGCCACAUCCGCCAAAUCCAUCACGAGGCCACAAAGUCGCCCUCAAUCCAAUCUACCGAAACCUCGUCCUCCCACGAAAAACCGAAGACCAAGAUCACCUCCAAAGUGCGCUCCGCCAUUCUGUCCACAGCCAAGAAGCUGACCCGGGGUCGUAGCGGGAGCUCUGGGUCUGGGGGGAGUCGCAGGUCCACGCAGGAGAUCCACAUCGUUUCUCAGGCCGAUGCGCAUCCCGGUGAUCCGGACAAUAUCGAAAAUCGGCUCCAAGAGACUUUGGUCCUUGACGUUCCACCUCCAGUAGAACUUCAUCGCAGUAGAGAGCUGGAAGAAACACAUUCAAGCAGUUCGACCGGAUUGAUUUUGCAAACCGAGGUCUCGGCCACCGUCCAUGUUCAUCGACAAAGCGAUCAGAUCCACCUUGAGCACCACCAGGGGGUGGAUCAUCUUCACGGAGUCGAGCUGAGACGUGAGCACGAGCAUUAUGAUCCUUAUAAGGAUUCUGAUGAGAUGUACGAGCAGUAUUCGGCUCCGAAGGGUGUUCUUGGGACUGGACAGGGUGCGUCCGUAUCAUUUCGGAAAGACGAGGAGUUCGAGCAGUACAGCGCUCAGAAGACCAUCAUUGGGGUUGGCGCUUCACCGACUUCAGGUGGGAUCGGGCAUGGUGCGUCCAUAACAGUUGGAAAGUCCGAGGUCUUCGAGCAGCACAGCGGGCAGAAGAACAUCAUUGGGAUGCCACCCAUCCCCACCGAGGCCAUCGAGCCGUACAGCCCUAUGCCUGACGUUGUCCUAAAGAAGGUAGGUGAACAAAAGUCAGCUCACUACAACGCCUACGGUGCUGACGCCGAGAUCGCUGCCGCUUCACAACGUCACCUCAUCUCCCGGAACCACAGCUCGACGAAUCCGGAUAUGCAAUUCCCGAAAGGGCAUUAUCACCGCCCCCGAUGCCCCGCCCACAGAGAAGAAGUGGACCUGAGGGGCACAACAACUUCGGCCAGUUCAAGGAGCAGAACCCCCACAGACUACGAGGUUGCUGAUUACAUGAUGGAGACGGCGAGGUUGGAUGAUGCUCGUAUCGAGCACAGAGCCGUCGAUGACACCCCCAGGAUCACCCCGUGCUGCCGGGAGCACGAGCUGCGGACGAAACUCCACUGUGAUGACGACCUCUCCGAAAAAGCUCAGAAAAUCACUGCAAGAGGCCGAGAGAUCCGGCUUGCCCAACCAAAGGAGAGGGCAGUCGAUGUACAACACCGCAGGUUUGGAAGCGUCUUCCAGCGUCUCGUCCACGGAUUUUGUGCAGGAGGUGAUGUCGAGGAGGGCUUCAACUUGGAUGGGGCUCCCAUAGAGCUGUGCCGAGACCAUUACAUCGACGGCGAACCCCUUGGCUGCGUACGCACGUCAGAGAGUCAUCUGGAGACGCACGAUGAACAUGCUGAAUAUGAUGAAGUGACGGUGGAAAGGGUGCAGCAACAGAAGGUAUUCGGCCAUUCCCAACUCUCCGGAACCUACACCUCCACGGUCGAGACACACCUCGGCGAGGAGAACAUCUACGAGGAGUUGAUCACUAUCAAAUCGUCCCGCCAAACAGAACUCCACGACCUCCCAGAAGACGUCUGCAGCCCCUCCCCCUCCCCCACCUCGGCCCCACCCCCGCGUGAUGUGCACCGGGCUCGCGAGGAGUUUGCCCAUCGACACGACUCGAGUGCUGAGCGAAAGUUUAAGGUAAGGCAACAAGUACGAAGACGAACCAGCCCCGAACCCACCGAAGAUGAACACCUUGACUGGGAGCUAAUCUACACGACGAACGCCAUCCGCCAGAUGAGCCGCAACAACAAGUGGAGGGAGAGCAUGCUCAACAAGGACAAAAUCCCGCCCGUCCCCAAGAAGACGAAGGAACUCCCCGCCGAUGUGCUGCCUAAGAAUUCGCCAUUUACAAGACCGGCGGAGAGCCCGAGCUCGGGGAGGAAGACGCCGACUUCGUGGACCAAGAAUGAGGGCUUCACGUUUUCGAUGGAAGAGGAGAGGAGCAAGAGAGCAGCGCCAGAAGCCUGGGAGCAUGAGCGUGUCGGGGUCAAGCAGGUGCCAACGAAUAUUGCACGAGGUCAUCAAAUCACGGUGCCGCGAGUGGCCCAACCCAAGGAGGUGGUGGAACCCCAGCCGGUAGAUCGACAACCCACUCACCAAGCCCCUGUUGCGCCUCGACGUGCCACGACGGAGGAAUCCUACCACUUCCAGGGUGUCAAGAAUUUACGCCAGCAGUUCUGCUCCCCAGAAGCCGCGCCAUGGCGUCGUACCCAGUCCGUUGGAAACGUGUACGAGGUGCCGAGGGCAAGGCUGGAGCACGGUGAUGAUCUGAGGACAAGACCUGGGCCUCUGAGACACAUCAGGACACGCCGAGGGUCGUCAGGAAGGAGGUCACCUCGCCGCUUCCUCGGAUUCAGGUCCAGGCCUCGGCCCGUUGAUUUGAGCCCGUUGACGGCUGAUGCUCAGCAGAGAUUCUACACCCUACGCUCACCAAGCCCACGAGCCCAAACGACACCAAGCCCACUGGCUAGAUCCGAGGCAGAGCUUCGAAUUGGUGGCGGCGCGCAACCAGGCCAACACUUCCACUCCAAGCCCCCAGAAAGCGACCAGCACGAGGUUCGACACCAGGAGCACCACCUGGAAAAAGAAAAUCACUACGAGGAGAUCGAACACGGUGAAGUAAUCACGAAGCCUGGAAGUGCAGCACCAAAAACCGGUGGAGCACACCAUGAUGAGCCUGCCAAGGAAAAUGGACAUCACCCGCAUGGGCCCGACUACUCACCGUACCCACAUCACUUUACGAACACACACCUA